AUGAUUGAAACGCUAUCGAAUUAUGGAGGGGACGGCAAAUCAAUGCAGAUUGGUGCAGCAAUAUUUGAGAAGGACACUGCUGGAAAAAUGAAUGUCGCAAACCCGAAAGCCGAUGAUGGUAACGCUAACAUGGGACUCAAUUGUCGAUACACGUUUACAUCGCUGAGUAAGACGGUUGACAUGAUCGGACAAAUACACGGAGACAUACUUUUUCAACCAAAGUAUUUACUCAAUGGGGUGGAAGUUAGACUGAAAUUACAUCGAACUAAAAAUCAGUUCUGCUUGAUCAGUUCAACCGAAAACCCCGCAUUCAAAGUAGUCAUCACCAACGCUACUCUCCUGAUGAGAAAAGUCAAGUUGAGCCCCAGCAUACAACUGGGACACAUCGAAGCAUUGAAACAUGGUACUGCAAAAUACCCCAUCCAUCGAUGCAUUAUGAAAAUCGCUUCCAUCCCGGCUGAUACAAUGUCAUUAAACAAAGAUUUGAUAUUCCUCAGUCAGUUGCCCCAAAGGAUCAUCCCGUGUCUGGUUUCUAAUACGUCUUUCAACGGAUCCUACGAAACCAAUCCAUUCAACUUCCAGAAUUACGGUAUCACAUCACUUGUCCUCAAUGUUAGAGGCGAGAAAGUUCCCGCAAAGCCAUUGAAGACGGACUUCACGGCGGCUGGUGGCAGAAGUUGCAUCAUGGCUUAUUACACUAUAUUUACUGGUACAAAUAAAAUGGGUCAAGACCAAGGCAACGGCAUCACUCGAGACGAAUAUCCCGAAGGGUACACAAUCUUCGCAUUUGACCGAGCGAUUAUCACCUCAAUUUGA